GCUGCUGCUACUUUGUGCUCUUGCGCCGUAGUCUCCUCCCCCCUUCCCUUCGCCUGUUCUUAUCUGAUCUCCACCCCUCUCCCCUCCCCUCCCCUCCCCUCCCUCGUGCCUUCUUCUCCCCACCUUUCCCCCACCCUCCCGCCGCUGUUUUUCUCUUCCUAGCUCUCCCAGGUCAUGGCAAAGGUGAAAAGCGGAUAAAACUAGCAAGUGGGAGAUCGACGCAGGUGAACACCACCACAGCUACAAGUAGUAGUGGAAGGAAGUGGAAUUUCUUGUGUGGAGAAAAAGAGCUGCUUGAGUGACCAUGAUGGGAGGUGGGCUGCUGAUGGAUCAGGGCAUGGCGUUCUCCGGCGUGCACAACUUCGUGGAUCUGCUCCAGCAGAACGGCGCCGACAAGAACCUCGGCUUCGGCUCCCUUAUGCCGCAGACAUCCUCCGGCGACCAGUGCGUCAUGGGCGAGGGCGACCUCGUGGACCCCCCCACGGACAACUUCCCGGACGCCGGGGAGGACGACAGCGACGACGAUGUGGAUGACAUCGAGGAGCUGGAGCGCCGCAUGUGGCGCGACCGCAUGAAGCUCAAGCGCCUCAAGGAGCUGCAGCAGAGCCGCGGCAAUGAGCAGGCCGGCGGCCGGCGACGGGGCUGCGGCAUCAUUCCGGAGAAGGGCAAGCCCGUGAGCGGCGCCUCUGACAACCUCCGUGCCUGGUGGAAGGAGAAGGUCCGCUUCGACCGGAACGGCCCGGCCGCCAUCGCCAAGUACCAGGCCGACAACGCCGUGCCGGGCUCCGAGAGCGAGCUGGCUUCCGGCACCGCCAGCCCGCACUCGCUGCAGGAGCUGCAGGACACCACGCUGGGCUCGCUGCUCUCGGCGCUCAUGCAGCACUGCGAUCCACCGCAGCGAAGGUUCCCGCUCGAGAAGGGCAUCUCUCCUCCAUGGUGGCCGUCCGGCGACGAGGAGUGGUGGCCGGAGCUUGGCAUCCCCAAGGACCAGGGCCCGCCCCCGUACAAGAAGCCCCAUGACCUGAAGAAGGCCUGGAAGGUCAGCGUGCUCACCGCUGUCAUCAAGCACAUGUCGCCGGACAUCGAGAAGAUCCGGCGCCUCGUUCGCCAGUCCAAAUGCCUCCAGGACAAGAUGACCGCCAAGGAGAUCUCCACCUGGCUGGCCGUGGUGAAGCAGGAAGAGGAGCUGUUCAUGAGGCUGCACCCGGGCGUUCGCCCUCCAGCGUCUGCCGGCGGCAUCGCCAGUGCCAUAUCAUUCAACGCCAGCUCGAGUGAGUACGACGUUGACCUCGCCGACGACUGCAAGGGCGAUGAGGCCGGCACCCACAAGAUGGCCAUGGACGAUCCAACCGCCUUCAAUCUCGGCGCGGCCAUCCUGAAUGACAAGUUCCUCAUGCAAGCGCCCAUGAAAGAGGAGACCGGCGAUAUGGAGUAUGUCCAGAAGAGGAGCGCGGUGGCCACCGAGCCGGAGCUGAUGCUGAACAACCGCGUCUACACCUGCAACAACGUCCAGUGCCCACACAGCGACUACGGGUACGGCUUCCUUGACCGGAAUGCGCGCAACAGCCACCGGUACACCUGCAAGUACAAUGAUCCCCUCCCGCCAAGCGCGGAGAACAAGGCAACGCCACCUGCGCCGCCGCAAGUCUUCCCGGCAGCCUACAACCAGCAGAACCAUGGGCUCAACAACCUGGAUUUCGGCCUCCCCAUGGACGGCCAGAGGUCCAUCGCCGAGCUGAUGAACAUGUACGACACCACCUUCCCGGCCACCAACAAGAACAUGGGCAACGACGACGUCACCAUUAUAGAGAGGCCCAAUGCCAUCACCCCAGUAAUGGACGAGGGUUUCUUUGGACAGGGCAAUGGAAUUGGAGGCAAUGGCGACAGUAUGUUCAGUGAUGUGAGUAACAUGAUGCAGCAGCAGCAAGCACAACAGCCACAGCAGCAGCAGCAGCAGCAGCAGGCCCCGGCGCAGCAGCAGUUCUUCAUCCGUGACGACGCGCAGGCGCAGUUCGGCAACCAGAUGGGCAGCAUCUCCGGCGCAUCGGAUUUCAGGUUCGGCUCUGGCUUCAACAUGUCUGGCACCGUCGACUACCCGCAGAAGAACGACGGCCCCAACUGGUACUACUGAAUGAAGAAUAAACUCCUAGGGUCAUAAGCUUUCUUCGUGGCAAAACCAACCUUGUGUUUCCAUGGGGAAGUGUCGUCGUCGUCCUCCUAAGAAGUGGGUAAUUCUAUAGGUCUUCUCUUAAUUUUCAUAUAGGUUUUGCAGUAGUUGCAAAUAGGCUGGAACUUGGAACUGGUUAUAUACAUGUAUGUCCAUCCAGCUGGUGAACCUCUUCUCUUAUGGAAAACUUAAUUUUAUUCCUAGUUGAACUUGUUAGUUAAAAUGCUGUUCAUAUGACUGGCUGGCUGUCAAAUUGCUUGUGUAUUUGUUGAUUCCGUUCCUUGUGAUUGGUGAAUGUAUGAACUGGUGCUCUCUUA